AUGCAACAUGGUGCCCUGGAUUGGAUCCUGGAACAGAAAAGGACAUUAGUGGAGAAGGUGGUGGCGUCUGAAUACGGCCUGUGGUUUGGCCGAUGGCAGAGUGAGCUCACGCACACGCAGCCGCGGCCCAGAGGCCUGAGGCCGCCGCCCUGCUGGACGGGAGCGGGGCAGGGAGAGGGCGGGCCCGGCCUGACUGCCGCCUCCCUGUGCCCAGGGGCCACCAAGGACAUGGGCAAGAUGCUCGGGGGCGACGAGGAGAAGGACCCUGACGCCGCCAAGAAGGAGGAGGAGCGGCAGGAAGCGCUGCGGCAGGAGGAGGAGGAGCGCAAGGCCAAGUACGCCAAGAUGGAGGCCGAGCGCGAGGUCAUGCGCCAGGGCAUCCGCGACAAGUACGGCAUCAAGAAGAAGGAGGAACGCGAGGCCGAGGCCCAGGCCGCCAUGGAGGCCAGCGCGGAGGGCAGCCUGACGCGGCCCAAGAAGGCCAUCCCGCCGGGCUGCGGGGACGAGCCGGAGGCAGAGGAGGAGAGCAUCCUGGACACGGUCAUCAAGUACCUGCCCGGGCCGCUGCAGGACAUAUUCAAGAAGUAACGCCCCUGGAGCUGGACAGGAGCCCGGAGCCCCGCCCCCUCGCCCACCCCCGUCCUGCCCUCCGCGGAGGCGCCUGAAGGGAUGUCGGGAGCAGAGUGCAGCCCCCCAACGCCAAUAUAAGCCAUAGCCCUAGGUCUAUCCGCCUGCCUGGCCCCUUCAAGCCUGGGGAGCCUCCGCCCGCCUCUCACCCCAUCCCCGCACCGCGAUCGCCACCGCCUCCGAGGGAGGGGCGCCCGGCCCCCCCACGGCCCCCGCGGUCCGGGCUGCAGGCCCCGGGGACUAGCCCACGGGCUCCUCCGGCAGCGGGUGGAUUGGACCUGCCCCAGAGCCUGGGAAGCCCCUUCUCGCUCCUCCCUUCACCGCCCACCCAGCAGGGCCCGUGGCCAGGGACACCAAAAGGGCCGGCCCUGUGUUGGUGGGCGCCUGUCGGGCUCACACUCGGAAGCACAGCCAUAGUACGGGGCGCGGUCGUGAGGCCGGGGUGGGGGCUGGGAGGGGCGAGCAGCUGGCGCCUGGGGCUCAACCCCCGGGGUCAGCCUGGACCCCAAGCCCUACCCCGCACCGACGCCCGGGUUGCUGAAUCUGCCGUCCACCGCUCCCCAUCUGCACCCCUUCCCUUCUUCGUCCACCUGUGUCUGUCCUCCGGCCCCCUCCUCGGGAAGGCUUUGCUUCUUAGGACUGCUGUGGCCCGUUCUCCUCUCCACGAAGGGAGAGAAAGC